GUAUAAUUUAUUAUCUAUAACAGUGUAUUGAGCAGAGGCUGAGGAUACAAAUUGUACUUCUGGCUUCAGAACAAGUAGACUUUUAAUACACGUUAGUCAGUAUUUUUUUACAACUAAAAUCAAUUUAGAAUAUGAAAGGGACAGUUUCAGCUAAUACACUGAGACAACUUCUAACAUUUGAAACUAACAUCUAGCAAGACAGUUGUUCCUAUGUGGGGGGGCACCCUUUUGUUUGAGCGGGGGGAAUGGAUAAUGCAAUGGCCUAAUUGCCUGUGAAAAAGGAGAGGACUUGGUAAGAUGGGGAGAAGGGUGGCUGGGCAAAAUGAAAGUCAUCCUAGAACUAAUGGAGUCAUCAUAGCUAGACUACUGCCCUACCCAACUGCAAUCUAAUGCACAUUUACAACUAGGAAGUAUGGCCAGCUCAACAAAAGAGAGAGUUCUGAUUAAACACACAGAGAACUGGAACACAAAUUUGUCAUCUCAUCUAGGGAUUUUGCUGGAACAGGAGACUGUUCCCCCAUAGAACACCAGUCCAUUUGACCAUUUCUGCUGCCAGACAGAAAAUGGUCAAAAAAGGGUACCAGCUUGCUCUACCUAGGUCAGGGAUAGGGGGGACCAGAUGUUGUUGGAUUCCACCUUCCCCCCCCUCAGCAUCCACCAGCACAGCUAAUGGUCCGAGGUGAUGGAAAUUUAAGUAGGCUACAAUGGAGGGCUGUAGGUUCCCUAUCUCUGAUCUAGAUAUGUUUCUACCUGCCCCACACCUGAUACCAUGUUGGGAGCCAAACAUGGAGUUCUUAGAACUGUAGAGCUGGAAGGGACCACAAGGAUCAUCUAGUCCAACCCCCUGCAAUGCAGGAAUCUUUCACCCAAUUUGGGUCUUGAACCCAUGACCGUGAGUUUUAUGCUCUAGCAAUUGAGCAAUUAAGCACUUAGCAUUUGUUAACACUUCCAGGUACUCAAAGAACUGCACAUGCCAUAUUUGACCUGUGGUCUUCACUCCUGUCAUAACAGAGUGUUGUAGUCAAAAAAGGUUCAUGUAUGCCACUGUGGCCGCAGACUCUUGAAACAGGGGAUUACAGCUGCCAUUCUAUAUCCACUUUCCUGCGAACAAGCUCCACUGAGCUCAGUGGGAGCUAGUUUUGUGCAGACAUGUAUGAACUUGUGUUGUAAACUAUGAUCCUGUUGUAAUGAGUUAAUCUCCAUGGUAAAUCCUGAAUGUGCUUUGAAACCUCUUGUUUAUCUUUUUCACAUUAUUAAAUAGAGGCGAUUUCAAUAAAGGUCAAAAUUAAAUUCUGCUGCCACAUCAGAUAAAUAAAUGCUCCUCCAGUAUUCAAUCUUUGGAAGUUCAUUUUCUACACUGCCAUGUUUCAUUUGCUGAUAACAUAAAUAAGAGCGAUAUUAAAAUAGAAGGCAGUAAUAUGAGUCAAUGUGCUGCACACUUUAAAAUUUAAGCUGAUGUGGUUUAUAAAUUAUUAGAUGUAUUUAAGAAAGUACAUUCUACUCAUUCUCCUUGCAGAAGGACAGGAUGUCAACAUUUCUAUUGUGGUACUUAACAGUUUUUCUUCUUCUGAAAAUUGCGAAUGCAUGUAUCGGAUAGCCUAAAAAUGUGGACUACCAAGUAGAUCAGAAGCUUACUCUGUUGCACAAACUUUCUCAGAAUUGAUACUCCAAAUUCAUGGACAGAUUUAUCCCCGCACACUCAUCAUUGUUGAUUGUACUCCUUUUCUAUGCCACUCAUUUCCCACCCAUGACUCCAUCCCACUCCAGCUGUUUCACCAGUGUAUCUGAUAUUUCUCCAGGGUAGUGGCAUUUCUUCCAAAUCCUAUAGCUCCUCUGUUGCUGAACCUUGACCUUAAUCAACUUAAGUUUUUUGACUGGUUGACAGUCCUGUUUCAUGGGUUUAGCAUUCAUUCAAUUAAAUAACGUCCUAUAGUAUAAGCUCUUGAAUUUACUAGGCCAUCCUCACUUCAUAGCUCAUAAUUUUUAUAAGGUCAAAGAACUACUGAGAGCCUAAUGCAAUCCUCCAUUCAUUUGCCUAGGAAAAUCAACUUGUGCCCUUUGCAAGGAACUAAGGAUUCCCUUUGUUUGGAUGAAGGAUACAGCACAAGCCUGACUAUUUAUGAACAUCUAAAUAUAGGAGUCUUUGGAACCGUCCUUUAAUUUCUUCGGUAAGGUGAGCGUUAGCUUCCUACUUGAAGCAGCCUACCUUCCAUUUGGAAGCACAUUCAGCAUGCGUCAUUGUGGUAACCCAAAAAAAGUAAAGUGGUGAUGUUAUAAGGCAAUAGGUCCAAAAUGAAUGACACAUUAAUAACUUGCUUACUUAAGUACAGCAUUUUUUCUCAACUAUUUCUACAGAAAAGCCUCAUUAAGCUAAAAUGGUUUGUUGCAGGUUUGUUUUCCAAGUCACACUUGCUGACUUUGAAAAGCCACAAGGCCCCUUUAUUCCAGAAACCUUGUAAAACCAACAAUGAAAGCAAGUUGUAUUUUAUGUUGACACAAGAAUCAUUGUCAAUAAAUCCAUUGUAUAAAUACUAACAUAGCAAGACAUGAUAUUGCCCAUAAAGAUCCGUGCUUCUAUCUCAUGUCAUGACAUUUAACCCACAGAACCUCAUUCCCAAUAAAGAUUUCAAAUGUGCACCAGUUCAUCUUCUUCUUGUCCUCUUCCUAAAAGACUAUUUAGUUAUUAAUGUGCAUAUUGGACAGAACUGAACACUCAAUCAAGUAAUUCGGAAAAAGAAAAGGCUAAGGAGUAAACACAAAUCAGGAAUGAGAUGGUUGGAUGGCGCCCUUGUAUGCCUCCUUUUGGCAACUCCUGCAGCCAAGUUAGUGCCAAAUGCUCUGUUUUCCUUUGGACCACAUCAGCAAGGCUGAGAGGGAGGUAUUGUUGUCUAAGCAGCCCAGGACCUCUAUACAUAAUGUCCUGGCUUGCACACUAUGGAAGGUAGCUUCAGUGCUGCUAAUGCAGCAGUUUGACUUCACCCUUAGAGGCACACUCUACUGUCUCUCGAGACAGAUAGGUGCUAACAGUAUAUGUUAAGAAUCAUGGCCAGAUCCAGCCUGUCCACAUAUAGCCUGGACAAAAAUAACAAGGUAAAUGUGCAUCUGCAUUAAUACCAACUGUUCACCUGCUUUCUAUUUUGAAAUGCACCCAAGUCUAUUUUAUUUGCUAAAUGAGUUUAAACCAGGAAAGGGAAACCUGUGAUACCUUCCCCUCCCCCCCCCCAAUACAAAAUAUUAUUUGACUCUCACCAGGCUAAUGGUCAGGAAUGAUGAGAAUUGCGUUUCAACAAUAUCAGGGGUGGGGCGUGGGGUGAAGUGUUCUUCAUAUCUGGCAUAAAGAAAUAAUGCUGUGGGAAUAUACUUUGAAGUUCAAAAAACCAAUACUAAAUAACCUUGAGUAAAAAUACUCUGAAUAUUUUAUAGAAUGGAGUGAUAUACCGUAACUUGGUAAAGAAAAACAAUUCUGAACACACUUUCUGUUUUAGGGAUUAUCAUUAUAAGAAACCUGCCUGAUGAAGACAUCUGGAUACAACACACCUUCAUGCUGUUAAACCUUGAUUAUGAAACAAAAAGGAUAUCAUCCUUUCCUCCCUUCCGUUAUGAGGAUUGCUCAGAACACAUAUCUGCAUAUUAUUUCUCCAUGUUCAGGAAAUAAGCCAUUCCAGGAAACGAAUCAUGGGGAGAAUAUAGCUGUGGAAAUUUUCCUACUGCAACCCUGGCUCUAUUCUGCCAGAGGACAGGAUGCUGUCAGUGUGACAGAGUGAGCACCCAAACUAGCAUGCUUCGCCAAGCAUACAUGAUGCAGUUGUUUCAUUUUAAUCUUGGUAGCGGAGUGUCCACGUAAGGCACUCCUGACAAGAUCAGAGGUUUUCUGGAAAUGGAGUUUUAUUAAGAAACCAUAAUGAAAGAGCAAGUUAACUGUAAAAGGAGGGAGAAGGAGAUAGAAAGAGCCACGAGGAGUGUUGUUGACUGCAGUGGAGCUUGCAAUGAAUUGCUUCAACUUCUGAGGUGAGAGGAUGGAGGAGUUGCAGUGAUAAUUGGAAAACUGGCAAGUGGGGCAGAGAAGCAGAAAGAGGCAGAGGGAGAGGGAGAAAGGGAGUUAUAAUAUCUUUCCCUUUUUAUGCUCUCUCCAGGAGAGGGAAUGGGGUUUGGCAGUGCAAGAACAAGGACCCUGCUGGAAGUUCCCAACAAUUUAAUUAGGCAGAAGGUCUGUCAGCAAAACUAACAAAUGACACACUUGAAAGACUGGGCAGCCUUGAGGAACAGGAUUCUUAGAGAGUUUUUUGUAGUUCAGGGGUUCUGAGUCAGCUACAGCCUUGAUUGCAAACACUCACAAAAGUGUUGGGUGGUUUUAGAACGACGUUUUGCAGGUUAACAAAAGAAGUCUCCCCUCCCCACCUAGCAAAAGAGAAGUGGUGGGCUUUUGGAGUACUUCUUGGGAAGCGCACUCACAAUCUCAAGGGUAGCUGACAUGGUCUCCUCCAGAUGUUGUUGGACUCCAACUCUCAUGAGCUCCAGACAGCAUGGCCAAUGGUCAGGAACAGUGAGAGAUGUAAGCUGUAGUCUAGCAAAAUCAGGAUGGCACCAUGUUGGCUACCCCUGUGAUGAACAAUGCAGGAUUGCCUUGGUUUUAUUAAACAUGGAUAAAGAUUUGGCUUUGUGAUUUUCAGAAGUCCUGCACUGUACAGUGGUACCUCGGGUUACGUACUUAAUUCGUUCUGGAGGUCCGUACUUAACCCGAAACUGUUCUUAACCUGAAGCACCACUUUAGCUAAUGGGGCCUCCUGCUGCUGCUGCGCCGCCGGAGCAUGAUUUCUGUUCUCAUCCUGAAGCAAAGUUCUUAACCCGAAGCACUAUUUCUGGGUUAGCGGAGUCUGUAACCUGAAGUGUAUAUAACCUGAAGCCUAUGUAACCUGAGGUACCACUCUAUAGAGAGUAAAGGCACUCCUUUGUCCAUUAAAAUAGAGGUUUUCAGUGCGAACUUCAAAUUCAGAGUCUCCAAUGACAGGGUGGAAUCAAGCAGUAGACCCAGGCUACGUACUUGAUCUUUUAGGAGGAAGCACAACAAGCCAUGAACCCAGUUUUGGGACCUAGGAACCCCCUAGCCUCCACCUUGUCAGUAUACGACUUUUGUUUAUUGCCGCCAUCUAGGUACUGGCCAAAGACCUGCACAGCUUCACCUGAUUCCGAAAGAGAGAUACAGAAGGACUACUACAAAACAAUGCUUCCAACUCCCAACCUAUGGAGUCAGAUGGCAUCAAGCAUCAGUUGCACUCCACUUGCCUUUCUCUCAAUCAAGCAGGGUGACCAAAGAAACUGUUUCAAGGCCAACCCCAGGCCUGGUGCCAGAUUGAAAUGGCUCUGAAUAACUGAAUGUGGACAGCGUUCUCGAAGCUACCAACAUGAGUUUGACCAAACUGCAGGAGGCAGUGGAAGACAGGAGUGCCUGGCGUGCUCUGGUCCAUGGGGUCACAAAGAGUCGGACAUGACUAAACAACAACAAGCAUGCCUGAAGCUGACUACCUCCUUCUCAAGCACCUUGUGGCAAAGGUGGAGCUAGCUGCUCCGGCACAUGGAGCGGCCCACCGGGGCGGGGCUAGACGCCCACCGGGGGGGCGGUGAUGCACGUCCCAGUGGGGUGCGCUGGUUGCGGUGCACGUCCCGGGGGUGCUGCCUUUGGUGAUGUCACCCCCCCCUCAAGGAUGACACCUGGGGCGGACCACUCCUGCCUUGCUCCACCACUGCCUUGUGGUAGCUGCCACAAGCUUCUGGUUCCAGAGAGGUCUUCUCCAUGACAUUGCAGGAGGUUGGACUAGAUGACGCUCACGGUCCCUUCCAACUCAACAGUUCUAUGAUUCUAUGAGGGACUGUGCUGCCACCGCCGCCACCAGUCCUGUCUUCCUGCUGCAAAGAGAUGGAGAAGCUACUGCCAGUACCAGUCCUGAAAAGCAAUGGCACUGAGCAGAGCCCAGCAGUGAGGUCUAUAUUCAGAACAGCAAAACCACGGGAUGAAAUGGCAGAACAAAUGAACACUUAUGGUGGAAUAACAAUGAAAAUGAACUUUACCAUCUCUCCCCGCUCCCCAUGGUCAUUCCUGGUGUGCCCUUUGCUUGCAGAAAGAGAAAGAGAUUGAAUACGGGUAGGUACGUGAGAGUGUGGGCCAUUCCAGAUAUCCAGAUGUGUUAUUUAUUUUGAGAGAGAGAAAGAAUCUAUAGGUAUGCGUGUUUCCUUUUUUUUCUCUCCUCCCCACUCACUUUAGUGAGCUGCCCAGCUGGAACCAGUUCAGCAGCUGACGCGCGACCCGUUCCCGGUUACCUGAGCCGGGAAGCCACGUGAGCGCCACAUCAUCUGGGCUUUUGAAACGGAAAGUCACCGAAAGGAGGAAACAGGAAAAGAACGAAGCGAAACCCCGCUGCCAGACGGCCGGAGAAGGGCUCGUUUGAAUGAGUGGCGGAGCUUGAGCCUCCAGGCAGGGGACGCGCGUAGGGGCCGAGCCGGUGCUCAUUCCCCACCCCGUCGCCCGCCCCGGGCGUCCCGCUUCCUCUCCUCCGCGCGCGUCAAAAGGGCGCCGAGCUUCCCGCGCCUUCCUUCCCUCCCUCAGGGACCGGAGCCUCGCGAGUGCUGAGGGCAGGCGGCGGCGGCGGGCUGGCGCCGGGUGCGAGCGCGAGGCGCUGGCGGGGGAAGAUGCUGCAGUCGCUGGCCGGCAGCUCGUGCGUGCGGCUGGUGGAGAGGCACCGCUCGGCCUGGUGCUUCGGCUUGCUGGUGCUGGGCUACGCGCUCUACCUGGUCUUCGGCGCCGUGGUCUUCUCGUCGGUGGAGCUGCCCUACGAGGACCUGCUGCGCCAGGAGCUGCGCAAGCUGAAGCGGCGCUUCGUGGAGGAGCACGAGUGCCUCUCCGAGCAGCAGCUCGAGAGCUUCCUGGCGCGAGUCCUGGAGGCCAGCAACUACGGCGUGUCGGUGCUGAGCAACGCUUCCGGCAACUGGAACUGGGACUUCACCUCGGCCCUCUUCUUCGCCAGCACCGUCCUCUCCACCACGGGUAAGGAGGAGGGCGCCGGGCGCCACGCGGGACCAGGCCUUGCCGCGCGUCUCCCGCCUCCGCCCCCCCCCGCUCCUCUUUCUCCCUCACAGCUCCAGUCGGGGGCCCUCACAGGGAGUCAGUGAACCCCGGGACCGAGGAGCGAGUGCCUCUCCCUCGCCCUCCGAGAUGCCACCCUGAGGGACCAAUGGCUUCCCCCCAGGGCCGAGGCCGGUUUCCAGGCGCCGCUCGCUCGACGAGCAGCCCCUUCUCUCCACACACCUCCCUCCUCCUCUCCCUCCGCGCGCGCCCUCCUCCAGAGGCUCUCGGAAGCCCCGCUUGCCGCCCUUUCCAUCCCGCCGCAUUGCCUUCGCGCUCUGCGUGCGGGACUCCCGCCGGGUCCAGGGCGCUGCAGAAGGGAGCGAGGCUUCGUCUGCGCCAAGGCUCCCGAGAGCUCCAGAAGCCGAUCCCUGAACCACGUCUGGGCGAAGUCGUCGAAGCGAUAAGAAUAAUAGAAACUGAAAAGUGCCCAUCCACCAUCACCAAGGCUGUCCACUCUGCCCCCUCCCGUGGUUUAAAAGUUCAGGCGUCCCUGGCACUUUAUGUGGCUAUUGGUCAUGCAUGUGGCUACAGAACCUCAUACACACACACACACACACACACACACACACACAUAUACAAACAGCACAGGGUAGAGUCCUAGGGCGGAUUCUUUUAUGAUGUUUAUAUUUGUUAUUUACUUAAAUAGGUGAGUAGAACCAAUUGUGGCUGGACUGGUUGUUCAAUUUUAAAAUGGCUGUUUUACCCAACCCUGACAAUGUACACAAAUGUGAAGAUGGUGUAAGAAGCACUCAAAGGGCCUUUUCGCACAUGACCUUAAAAGAAAAAAGCUCAGCAGUAAUAUGGAUGUGAUGCUUACGUUGCCUAAAAUGUACAUUGAAAACACUCAAAGCUGCUUUUUGGCUGCAGUCCUAAACACACCAGAAAGUGACCACCGAGAGCUUACUUCAGAGCAGACAUGCUUGCAGUAAGUUCUCAGAUGGUGUAAAGGUCUGUACACUUCCUGCAUCUGUAAUUCAAGAAUAAAAAAUGCAUUGGUAAGAACAUACAUCAGUUUGAAACUUUAUAAUCUCUUCAGCUUUCUGAGCCACAUUAACAAAUAAUGCAUUCCAGGGAAAAAAAUGAGCAAUAUUUGUGAAAGUAACUUUACGGAGCUGCUUUGGUUCUCAUACAGAACAGGGCCAAGAAGUAGGUUAUAGGUUUCUAAUUAACCAGAAUUUAACAUUUCUGAAGCAAGCCUUUGAGCUGCAUGUUCAGUCAGAAAAAUAAGCAUGUUGCAGUGUCAUGUCAAUACAGCUUUCAGAAAUUAGAGAGGAAAACCUAGGGCUAAUUGAUGGGUGAAUAUUUGAGUCUUGUAUCUUGUAGCGUGUGUGUCUUCUCAACAGUCUGUUACACAGGUGGAGCUGGACUUUGAACAAAGGACCCCCUUGAUGAAACUUGGCAACCAUGUUACUAGACCUUUUCUAUCUGCUUCUCUGAUGUAAUAUAAACAAAUAUAAACUAGAGCUACCAGUUGCAACCUUGAAAUGCUAUAAAAGAUGUAUAGCAUAGUCUGAUUUAGUGAAACUUAUUCCCACUGACAUAAACAGUUUAGGGGGGUGUUAAACAGUAUUAGGAAAGAAUUCAGUGCUAUCCUGUGCACAUUUAAUCAAGUCCUGCUGUGUUCAUUGUGGCUUACUCACAGAUAAGUGUGCAUCAGAUUGCAACUCUACAGUAUUUAUUUUAAUAAUGCUUGGAUGAAAGUUGUAGGUUGAACUGAAUUUAGGAAUAAUUGCUAGAAAGAGUUGUGGAACAGGUUCCAUUCUGUCAGGACAACUUGAUGGAUGCUUUACCCUCAUAUGUACAACCAUGGCAUGGUUAUCUAUCUGGGCAGAAAAGUAGCAAUAAGGGCAUCACUUUUCAAAGAGUUGAGAACCAUGGUUAUACAUGCACAAUAAAAUGGUUUUCUCUUAUUUCAGGGCAGUCAAUAGGCUCUGGAUCAGUUUUCUGAGCAGAGGGGCCAUGUUGCCCCCAAGAUUGAAGGGGACCGGUGCACGUUGUGUGUGCGUAAUGCCACGCAUCGUCUAGAGGAGGCUGAGUGCUCCAAAGGAGCCGGCUGCUGAAUCUGCAUCGUGUGUGAUGGCAUGUGUGUGUGUGUGAUGUGUGCCAGGCUUCUCAACAUUGAGGGGGCCCAGUGCCUUUCCAACAAAGAUUGAGGGGGCCCUCAAGAGUGUUAGCCCUCCAGAGUUUGUGUGCCUGUUUCUAAGGUAUCACUUGAAUGACUUAAAAAGCAUAGACCAUCAGUUCUCUCUCUUUAUUUCAUAAACAUGAGUUUUCAAAAUGAGGAUGGAACUUUCCCCCUUACCUUUGCUUCCUAAUUUCCAUUUAAACUUCAAUGUUCUCUGAAAUCAGAUUAUGGCCUUGGUAUCAAGUUUGCCAUUCAUGACAUUCUGCCUAAGAGAAGCCUAGCAAAAAUAAAUGUUUCCCAGCAUCAGAGAAGGGGGUCUAGUAUGCUUAGUUUAUAUGUUUUCAGUCUUCUUAACUGGUAGAACUGGAAAAUUCAGAAGCUUUGUUUCUGCAGAUUGAGGGCACAAGUUUUUGCAAGUCUCCUCAAAGAUCACAGUGCUGUUGAGAGAAUGCAAGUCUGCUACUGUGUUUCUCUUGCUUUCUGAAUAAGGUGACCUGAUGGGGAGAAGUGGGUAUUAUAUUUCCCCUUACAAUGGAAAAACCGAUUGCUCAUCAUGUGCGGUCGAGAGAUAAAAGCACACCCAUAACUAAUUCACAAUGCACUCUCAAUCGGGGUAGCUUGUUGUCUCUGCAGCUACUUUACUGUGAGCUGUUUUCGGUGCUCUAAAUAUAUGUUGUUAUGGUUUUCUCCUGCAUCCUAAGCAGCCUAAUUAGGUUUUGUUAAAGUUCUGAAUACAGAUUCUUUCCAGAGAUCAAAUAUUCUUUGUUAAUCACUUAUCAGUUCUGUUGAAGUCACUGAGAUAAAACUGCUUAACGUGACAUAAGGUCACUGCAGCUCUGCCCAUCAUGACUCAUAUCACGUCCUGUAACCUGAGCAACAUGAAUGGCAUGGGUCAAGUUUAAGAAUCAGUUGCACCUGCUGUAUGUAAAGCUUAAGCAGUUGCAGUUUCUUCCCGAAGCUAAUUUAUGGUUGCUGGAAACUACCACAGUAUGAUGUGUCCUCUUCGCAAGAUUGCUUUUUGGUCGCACACAACAUAGCUGUUAUCAAAUGGCACUAUUCAUUGCUUGAAACUUUUUCAACGUUACCAUUUCUUUCUAAGUGAACAUCAAAGGCUUGUUACCACUUCACAAUUUAAGCAGCUUCAAUUGUUGUUUGUUUGUAGUUUGUUGUUGUUCAAGCACCACAUCAUAAUGCAAUGCGGGGAUGCUGUUAAGGGGUUAAGUUACAAGACAAAUGCAUAUUUUGACAUGUUGUGAAAAACAGGAAAUGUGAUCCCAGCCAUAUGGAACAAGCAGAACCUGUAAUAACACGUGGCAGUGUAUGCCCAACCCCUAAGAAGAGGAGUGCUCAUUUUCAAGAUUCCAACCAAUCCUAAACAAGAACCUUGUUUUUAAGUAACACGUGGCAGUGUAUGCCCAACCCCUAAGAAGAGGAGUGCUCAUUUUCAAGAUCCAGCCAAUCUUAAACAAGAACCAUGUUUUUAAGACCUCUAGAGGGGAGGGAGUUUCAGGAAGGGAGAAUGGAAAAGAGACAUUUUUUUGUCUGCCCUCCUGAAGUCUUCCCCUGUUGUGCUAUGUAACACUGGAGGGCACAGGUUUGAGGCUCUUUGAGGUUUGACAGUAAGGAAGGAAAACAUCCCUGUGUAGUGCUUAUACAGGAUACUUUCUACAGAAUAAACUCUUUGGGGCUUCAACUGACAAAUUUCCUUUCCAAACACACUAAUCAGUAUUCUCCAUCCCUCAACUGACAUCUUUGCCCUGGAAGCUCACAUGUCUUUUUAAGGGUUUUUUUUAAAAGGGUUUUAAAUUUACAAAUGUUGCAAGGGCGGUACUGUUUUGCCAUUUGAGGCAAAACAGAAAGUGCUGCUCUGCCAUGAUGCCUGCUCGCCCCCCCCCCCAGCUGGGUCACUCACCUCCUUCAGCACUGUCUCCACACUGCCCGCCUCCACCAGCACUGUCUGCUGCUGGCAUUGAUCAGCAUUGAUUUCUAGCGAGAGAAAUCCAAGCAAUCUCUCCAUGAGAUCUCACUGGAAAUCAGUAUCGAUGCUCUGCCAGUGAUGGAGGUGGCAAGGCAGCUGGCAUGAGGGUGGAACCUUGUGGGACCUUCUGCUUCUCCCCAUUUCAUGGGUAGGGCAGCCCUGCAAAUGUGUUUAUGUAUGCCUAAGGAGUGUCCCAGGUCUGUCACAUUUAAUACACGGUGACAAUGCUAUAAUAUUUUGGACUUGGUGACAGUGUACUCCAAAAACAGUGAACUAAAAAACUGAGCUAGGAAAACUCAGGUUCUGACACACGAUGCUGGUAGUGCAAAAGGCUCUUUUAUUUGAUGCUGGCAAAACAAUAUUGCACAGGAGCAGUAGCCUUACCAUGGCCUCUUUAGAUGUGGGAAACAGCUUUUAAGCAGCAUAGAAGUGUCAAGGAAGUGUUUUCAGACUGGGAAGCCCAUAACUAUUUAAAUUGGGGAGAGGAAGACUGGAUCAGGGUAUAGGAGAUCAGUUUUGUGCUCUUUUGUAUGGCAUCAACAAAGCAUAGAAUCAAAUUAGUGUAGCAAGAGGAAUUGAAGGUGUUUUCUACAGACAAGUUAUGGAAAGGAUGAUGGCUCUACCUCAUUUUGUCUCACACGGGAUGCUGAUUUAGUUAUAGCUUGGAUAGAUUAUGGGCUGGUAAUGUCUCAUCUCUUUUUCUUUUUCAAUUUGUCAGACUAAUGCAUUGGCCACUGAAUAGAAUAAUUGUCACCAGGGUGGUAAAAAUAUCACCGACUUCAGUUAUUUGUUAUUUUAAAAAAUAAUCCUCCUUUGUGCAGACUAGUAGUAUUGACACUAAUGCUUUAAAGGAAAGGCGAGGGGGGAAACACAACUUAGGUAUGGGUGGAAUUUGAGUGCUAAUUAAAUGUGCAGGAAAGUGAGUCAUUGAAACAUUUUAACAAGGUUUCUUUUCAUAAACAUGAGGUGCUUUUAAAAAACUGACUCACACAUCACAGUGCCCCAAGUGAAACUGUUGACUUUCAGAGUGAUAUUUGGCAAGCGUCUGUGAUGAUGAAGGAACAACUUCUUAGAAAGCAUUUCACAUUUCCAUUGCACUACAUCUGAUAACAGCAGUGGUGUUUUAAACAUGGGAGUGGAAACAUGCUGUAUUAAAAUCUGGAUUUCGUUCCUUUCUAUCUCCUUGAAAGAGAAGAAGGUGAAACACACCAUAGACACAUAGAAUUGUACAUUUGGAAGGGACCACAAGGGACAUCUAAUCCAACCCUUUGCAAUAAUCUUCUCCCUUGAGGUUGACUGAUACAGUCUUGCAGAUAGGUUCACCAAAGUUACUAUUCUAGUUCGCCUGCCUAAAUGUACCAAUGGCAGGAAUUUGUGUCAUAAAGAAAUCAGCUUUCAUAAGCUUCCCUACACGGUUUCUUGUGGACACUUCUUAGAUAGUUUUACUAAUACUUCUCCUGGUUGAAAACAAUCAAAGCUUCCAUUUCUGUUAUGACUAACAAAGUUUGUGUAACCCAGACUUUCACAACCCUAGGUCUGUGGGCUUCUUCUCUUCGCUGCUUUCAUUUUUAUACAACAACAUGAAAUAUUCAUUGCAGAUGCAUUUAUAGAUGAUGCCUAUUAAUAGAGAAUUAGCAGCAAACUAUUUCACAUGUAAGCACUUCAUUUAUUUCUGUAAAAUGUUAAUUAUAGGCACCACUGUAUUUUACAGUAUAAUUCUAUGUAUGUCUACUUAGAAGUAAGCCCCACUGAGUUCAGUUGGCCCUAGGCUACAAUGCUCUAUAUUCUUGUAUUAAUUUACUAUGCCUUUAACAAUUUUAGUCCAGAAUACCUCAAGGACUGCUUAAUCCCUUAUAUUCCUGUUGGAUCACUGAGAGCUUCAAAGGAGUCACUGUCAGUGAUCCCCCAUGGCUUCGGUGCAUGGUUCAUAUCCUUGAACCAUGAGCUGUAGGCUCAGUAUUAUGAGCUUCGUUUUACAGAACUUCCUUCCAUUUGAAGUCAGAUAGGACCCUUCCCUGUUGUUCUUCCGGCACCUACUGAAUACUUUUUUCUUUCAAAAGGCAUUUUAAUUAAAAUCUAGUUUUAUCAUUUUAACCAAUGUUUACCUUUUUCUGUAUUAUAUUUUCAGUAUAUUACUGGGAGACAAUUGUUAAGUGGUAUAUAAACUGUUUAAAUAAAUAAACAACACACUUGGGAUUCGGUAGACAUGCACAGGGUUGCAUAAUAAGACAAGUAGUGAAAGAGGCUUCUGCUUUUCUCCUCCAUUUUCAGGGAGCUUUCAAAUUUCUUUAGAAUUUUAGUAAACAUAAGUUUGAGCUUAUUUUUUCAUUGCAAGGUGGCCAUGAGUGGUAGGUGUGUGUUUUCUUUUCUUCCUGUUACAUAUUUCUCCCAGCGCUCAGCUAUCUAUCCAGAAGUUGGCUUAUUUAAAUUGGCUACAGUUAAUGUAAACCAUGAUUCCCAGUUCAAAUGAAACCAGGACCCCUCAAAGGCCUGGAGGAGGUCCAGACUGUUAGCAAAGUAGCUAAAACUGCAGCUAGGAAGCCUGCGUCAUGUGCAAUACUGACUCGUUUUCUUGAAAUUAAAACUAUGACCAAACAUUUGUUAAAAUAUUCAGAUUAGGAAGUAUCAUGACCUGGUAUCACACCUGCAUUACACCUUGUGUGCAGUUUAGAGCAUUUUUCUGUUCUGUUUCUACAACCCUUGCCAGCAGUAAGUUCUGAUUGAUUUACAUAUUGUAAUAUUUCUGUACAUAAAAAGGUAUGUCAGUUUUUCAUUCAGAGGUGCAUUUUGAGGCAUAAGGGAGAGUUAGUGGCGUGGGACUCCUAGCUGCUCUUCCCCCAGAAGCACCUCAGAUUUCUCCAUUCCCUACUGAAAAAUAAAAGAGGAAGGACCAUUGCAAAGAGACAAUGCAAACAGGAACAGUGGGAUAUCAGGAACCAAGUAAUCAUUAGCUCACUCCUUGUCCCUCAUUUAUACUAUUUCUCAACCCUACAUCAAAGAAAUUCCUCUAUGUUUCCAUAAAAAGAAGUGAAUGGGUUUUCCAUGAUCUUAAGAAAUGGUGGGGGGACAUGAGGAAAACACAGAAAGGCAAAAGGUUGCUGAUGAUGGUGCCAUGUGGCCCCGUAAAGGUGAGUGAACAAAGAGUGGUAGUUACAGAGUUUAAAACCUCAUCUGGAAACACCCCAAGAGGACAAAAAAUGAGGUAAUGUCUAAUAGUAGAAUGAGGACCUUGGGAUCUAAUGGGAAGCUCUGUGGAAUUGGAUGAGCUUCUGUUUCCUCACACCUACUUUCUAAACACAGCAGAUAAUAAGCCAAAGUCCUUAAGCACUUGCGCUGAGAAAUUACACAUGAAUUAUAUCCAAUAUAAAUUUAUUCCUAAAGCAUGCAGUUGUAUGUAGAUUGCUGGAAAUGUAAUUUUAUAUUUCAAAAAAUACAUUAUUUUAAGCAUGGAACAACAUUUCAUGAGCCUUUGGAGGUAGUAUAACCUCCUAUUAAUGCAGAUAGAUCUUGCUACUUCCUAGCUGGCUAGGUGUCAGAUUCCAAAAACCGCAGUCAUUGCACAAGGAUUUUUGCAACCAAGUUUUGGAGUUAAUACUUCUCAAAUGAAGCAGUAUCUUUGAAAAGAUGUAGUACUUGACAUCUGCAAAAUGCUGAACCAAUCUGUCUAUUCUGAAAUCUAAGUGCUCGAGUUUCUGCAUCUCCCUUUCUCUGCUAUGAUGCAUUCUUAACAUUUGGAAUUUUUUCAGCCAUGGAUACUUCACUGAGUUUAUCUCCCAUGAACUGUAAGGUGCCAAUUCACUGCCUCUUAAUUCUUCAUGUACUGUAAUAGGUACCCACAUUUGUAUCCACCUUUCAUCCUGCUCCUGGGCAUCCAUUCCUAUUCAUUUUGUAUUGAAAACCCAACCCCUGCCUAUAUCUGCAGCCUUUGUAGAUGAGACCUAGUUGUCCCAAGCAGAGAAACCUACCAAGGCCUGGUCCAACAGGAGUAUAAAGAUGGAGCAGGAUUCUGACCUUUAUCUUUCAUUUGCCAUUCCUGGUUGGAAGUUGCUUGCCAAUAUUGGUCAAUGCAGCAGCUUUUGUUUUGCAUGUUUUCUCUCUGUAACACAAAUUUAAAGUAUUCCUGGUUUAUUAAAGGAAGAAUAGAAAAUUGUGUUCCUCUUCCCACUCCCUACUUUUAUGAGGUUUAUUUUCUGCAGAUCAUAGGAAAGAGUCAUAGCUCAGUGGCCAAACACAUGCUGUGCAUGCAAAAGGUUCCCAAGUUCAAUUCCUGGUGUCUCCAGGCAGGGCGUCCUGCUGAUGGUCAGUGUUGAUAUUAAUGCGCUAGAUGAACUAAUGGUCUGAUCUGAUACAAAGCAGCUUCCUAUAUUCCUGUGUUCCAGGAUUUUGGCUGCUUAUCUAACAGGAAGAAAUAAAUUUCCCAAGAUACAUAACCUAUUCCUUACUUGGUAGAUUGUGGGGGGGAGGGAGGCGGAGAGAGAGAGAGAGAGAGAGAGAGAGAGAGAGAUUAGUAGAUGGCAAUGAAUUGCUGUUGACCAAAUCAUACUGCUGGCAUGCUAGUGACAGAUGCCAUGCACCAGUGUUUAGAAGCCUGUUCUGGAUUAAUUGCGACUGACAUUUGUUCUCAGGCUGAGUCACCAUCCUGCACAGGUGCUUUACUCAGCAGUAGCUAUUUCCACAGCUGGCAAUCGCCACAGUGCACUAAGAAUAAACAGUGUUUUUCAAGAGCUUGGAUUAAUUAGGAUGAGUAUUAAAAAUUGAUGCCCAUUUGUAAAUGCUGCUACAGAAAAUGAAAAAGCACUGAAUGCAUCUUUCUGCCUCAGAGAGACACUUGACUUACCAUAUUCCUUUUUAUGUUCUGUUCUGCAGACAAGAUAAAUGCUGCUAAUUAAUAGCUUAAUAUUAACACAUUCACAUUUUUGUAGGAGGCACAACUAAGAUUUAAUCAGUCACAGUGCAAGAACAUAGUCCACAAUUAUUUGCAGUUUUCUUUUUAAAUUCGGUUUUGGAGUACAAUUUAGUAACUUUUAUUAAGAUUCCUUGUAAUAUUUUUAGGAUAAAAUAUUGUUGCACACCCAGAGCCCUUCGGGUAAGCACACUGCAGGUUGAAAUAAACAGUUCAUCUGAAAACUGGAAGUACUACCCAUCCAGCCCACACCAGAGCACAUUUAUGCUCCAUGGGUGGUAUCCAGCAGUGUCCAUCUGCUGCUGGAAUAUAUUUGUUAGCAUAAGAAGGGAAAGAGGCAACCUCUAGCAAUUACUUCUCCCCCUGCAACCCCCCCUCCCCUUUAAAUCUGCACCAGAGUGCAGGGGUUGCAGGUAUGCCCCCAAAUGCCUCCCUCUAUUGGAUUCUCUCCAUCAGUGGACAGAUGCCAUUGGAUACCACUCUUUCCAGAUAUGGUGAUAGUUAGCAGUUGUUUAUCAAUUUAGCUGUGCCUGGCAACAUCCAGAGAUUACUAGCUGGAGCCUCACCCUAAUAACUGCUCUUGAUUGUCUGUUGCCUAGCAAGUGGGUAAACAGACAGCUGAGUAAAUUGAUAGUUUUCUAGUUAGAAUGCUCAAAGAAACUUCCCAAAGUUUAACUUUCUGGCUUCUUUCAUCCUAGCUAUUAGGUUUUAUUAAGUUGUUGUUGUUGUUGUUUAGUCAUUUAGUCGUGUCCGACUCUUUGUGACCCCAUGGACCAGAUCACGCCAGGCACUCCUGUCUUCCACUGCCUCCCGCAGCUUGGUUAAACUCAAGUUGGUAGCUUCGAGAACACUGUCCAACCAUCUCGUCCUCUGUCGUCCCCUUCUCCUUGUGCCCUCCAUCUUUCCCAACAUCAGGGUCUUUUCCAGGGAGUCUUCUCUUCUCAUGAGGUGGCCAAAGUUUUGGCGCCUCAGCUUCACGAUCUGUCCUUCCAGUGAGCACUCAGGGCUGAUUUCCUUAAGAAUGGAGAGGUUUGAUCUUCUUGCAGUCCAUGGGACUCUCAAGGGUCUCCUCCAACACCAUAAUUCAAAAGCAUCAAUUCUUUGGUGAUCAGCAUUCUUUAUGGUCCAGCUCUCACUUCCAUACAUCACUAUUGGGAAAAGCAUAGCUUUAACUAUACGGUCCUUUGUUGGCAUUUAUUAAAUAGAAAUGCAUUACUUUGCCCUAGAUUUGGUAGAUGGUCAAGUUGACUUUGUUGGGGUGGCGGGUAUCUAGAUUCAGGUAGGUAGCCGUGUUGGUCUGACACAGUCAAAAUAUAUAUAAAAAUUGUCCAGUAGCACCUUAGAGACCAACUAAGUUUGUUCUUGGUAUAAGCUUUCAUGUGCAUGCACACUUCCUCAGAUACGGGGGGCGGGGGGUAUGUUUGCUAUUGUUAUAUUAACUAGUCUUGGUGCAGUUUCGUUAUUUGAAAGUCUGUUGCCUGGAAACAAGAUUCAGAAACUUUGAUAUCUUUUGAUACUUUUUCUUGAUGGUAGCAAAAGUUAACCAUGACAGAUGGGGUAGCGUGCUGGGAAUUAUAGAUGAGGUUUGAAAAAUCAGCAUGCUUACUAUCUCUGAUUUUAAGUAGAAAGCACAGAACACCAUUUGUUGAUGCAGAAUUCAAUUUUUUUGGCCUUUUAUCUAGUCUGCUUAAAGAAAUUGUUGUGGUCAGAGUGAUUUUGUGGCUUCUUCCCUUCCUCAGUUUCUUAUUCGUGAGUGGAGCACAUGUUGUCCCUAUGAGCUUGUUAAUUACACCCAAAUUGCAAUGGUUUAAUGGUUCAGCUUGAGUUGACAUUGCAUGCUGAGCUUGUGUAUAUAGUACAAGCUGAGCAGAUUAAGCAAGCAAGGACCAUACUCUUAUCACGAUUCAGCUAGUAUUCCUUUAUUCCACUUAGUCAUUUUGUCCUUUAUUGGACAAAAACGAACAUAUAUUUUCCUCUGCUGCUAUAGCUGGCAUUUACACAUGUAUAUGCCAGAAGUUUAAUACUGCAUUUGGGGGGGGGGGGGGGAGAGGACAUGUGCCCCUGGCCUAAUUUCAUGUAACUCUCCAGAUGCUGCCUUCCUCUCUCUCUCUCUCUCUCUCUCUCUCUCUGUGUGUGUGUGUGUGUGUAGGCAGCAGAAGAGGCAGCUCCAUCCAGAAAACCUUGGGAAAAUCCUUGUGCUGAGCUAUGGAAAUGGGGGUGGGGGAGAGCUCAGAAGGCAGAAACUGAAAAACAAAACAAAACCGUAGGAAUAGAUGGAGUUGUGAACCUGAUGGAUCCAUGCGAGGAGGGGCAGGAAGCCCUCUGCAUGUGAUCAGAAAAUAUCACUUAACUGGAUAACUCAUUUAAUUGAAUCAGUUACAUUGAAUCACAUUUGUCAUUUUCUUGCCAGUUCACUUGCUAUGGAGAGAUCUUUUUAUGGUCAAUCAAGGCUCUCUUUGGGCUUCACCAUCCUGAAUAAUUUCAUGUUGCUCAUAAUCUUGGUACCUUCUAAUCCAUCUUUCUAGGGAAGAGUUAGAAAUGGGGGCAGACAAUCUGCAAUAUGCAUAGAGGGAUGGAACAAUAGAAGCACAAAGAGAGAGAGAAAUGGGAUAGCAAUCCUGCAAACUCCAUACACUUCCCAGGUGCACACAUUGCCAUUUACUCCAGUUCAGUGUGCUCCCACAGCUAGCAAUCAAAGUUGUGUAUACACAAUAUUGGUCACAAUCCGUCUGUAUCCUGUAGGUUCUUGAUAAAUACCCCUGUUUUAUGCACUUUCCCCCAAAUCAGCUUCUACCCAGUUAGAUAAUGGAAGGUGCAGUUAAGCAUGCAUAGAUGACAACUUCAGUGGAGUUCAUUGUGGGAAGACACUGAAUUAACAUAUGCAGAAAUAACACAAAUCAGAAACAGAUUGAUAAGUCCAUCUCUGCUCUGAAUAUGAUAUGCCAGGGUCAUAGAAUGGGAGAGAACUGUUGCUUUCAAGCCCUGUGUGUAAUUUCCCCUGGAGUAUCUGUCUGGCCAGUAUUCGAAACAGAUGAACUAGGAGGACUCUUGAUCUAAUGCAACAGGUUUCUUCUUGUGUUAUUCACAGAUUACACUCAUUUCCUCCCUAUUUUAUGAUUUUGUAUAUCUCAUGUGCACCCAGCUUAGAGCAGUAACAAGCUACACACUUCUAUGAGAGAAAAACUUGUGCUCCCGUGCGGUUCAUCAAAACAGCAGUUGUGUCAGUAUUGCAGGAUGGAUGGAUGGAUGGCCCAUGGAAUAUUUUAUCUGCUGAGAGAUAGGCCUAGAGUGAGGGACAACAAGUAGCUUAAGUCCUCUCCAGGCUUCAUGACUUAUUACAGUGUUGCUUUUAAAAAAAAUCUUCUAUUUGUAAUCUUUGCAAAAUGAGUCCAAACAAUCAAAGAGGCUGAAAAGAAACUCAUCAGUCCUAGGGGAUGUUAAAUUAUCUGGCUAAUAGAUUAUCUAAACGCCAACAAAAAGCAGGUCUAUAUAAAGUUAUCCUAAACGUUGAUUUAAUGGGCUCUCCGAGGAAUAAUGCCAUGAAUUAGGUUUAGCAUGCUUAUUGGUGUGCUAGAAACUGGGCUGAAAAGCAGUCUUCAAAUACGUGUUGAAAUGAGUCACAUUUGAGAGGGGAUUUUGUUAGAUUGAUCUAAUGUAACAAGACAGAAGAACAGACUAACGCCUGAAGUAACUUGCUCCUGGGUCAGAGUCUUGCCACCUGGUGAGAGCAAGCACGAUCUUGCCUGUGCUCUCCAGAGCUUGUGGUACCUGAGGGAUCUAUAACAAUACAGGUGGAACUUUUUUCUUUCUUUUUUUGCAAAUUAAUUCAACUUCAAAGGAGAAUAAUCCUUGAAAUUUCAUUGUUACAAAGAGAAUGAUAGCUUUGAUUCGUGUUCAAAGCCAAAUAUCACCAAGCAUUGUAAUAACUUCUUACAACUCACAUGAAAAUUACAAGACACUUAAAUGGAACACGAAUUGCAGUCUACUAGUCUGCUGAGUCUAUAGGGAUAGCAAAUGUUUUGGCCUUAGCACUCAGAACAUAGUGUGGGAACUUGCAUCCUUCAGAUAGUCAAGAAAUUGUGGUAGGGGGUGCUUGUGUGUUUCUGUAUAUGUCUUAAGAGGUCUUGCAAGCUAAUGCUCCAAUUAUUUCUGCCUUUGCAAAUAUAUAUUGGGUCAAAAUCUCAACCUGAGACCCCAAACACACAGGAAUAAUUUGAUGCUGGUGUAUAAGAAGUUGCUUCUUAUAGAGCUUCAUGCCUGACAUGCAGAAAAAUAGUGUGAGGAAAAGUGGGUGGGGUGAAUAAUGGAAGAGAAAGGAAGAGGAAAUUGUGUUUGGCAGCUCUGUCAUUAGGCAAAGUGAGGUAUUUGCCUGAGGUGACAGGUGCCAGGGUGCAAAGCUGGGUUUUAUGACACCUGCCCUUCAGCCCUGUAGCCUGCUGCCUGUCUGGUUAGUGCCUCUAAGUGAAAUGGAGGAACACCAUCUUGUGAGCAAAUAUUACGUUUUAAGUGCGUUUUAAGUACAUUAUACAAAUGUGACACUAGAUCAGGCUUCCUCAACCUCGGCCCUCCAGAUGUUUUGAGACUACAAUUCCCAUCAUCCCUGACAAUGGCCCUGCUAGCUAGGGAUCAUGGGAGUUGUAGGCCAAAAACAUCUGGAGGGCCGAGGUUGAGGAAGCCUUCACUAUGGCAAAUUCAAUAUAUUUUUCAAAACAUUUUUCAAAAAAGCAUUUUCACAGUGUGAAAUGCCAUUUUCGCAUUUCCUUUGAAUUAGGCAAAAGGUCAUUGCCAUUUUUAUUGCCAAUUUAUACUGAGCGGAGGUGGGGUUAGUGAAUGAAUGAAAAGAAGAAACAUCCACAAACCUUUCUGGUACAUGAGUGGAACAAAGCACACUCAGUCAGGAGCUCCAGGUGCAAAUCAUUCUCUUCCACUGUGAUCAGUCCCCUCCUGAAAAACGAGCAGUUCACAGGUCAGACUGUUUUUCCAAAUCUCACUCCCGUCUCUCUUUCUAUGUUAACAGGUUAUGGACACACUGUGCCUUUGUCAGAUGGAGGGAAAGCCUUCUGCAUCAUCUAUUCAGUCAUUGGAAUCCCCUUUACACUGCUUUUCCUGACAGCAGUGGUGCAGCGCAUUAUUGUCUAUGUAACAAGGCGGCCUGUGCUGUAUUUCCAUGUCCGCUGGGGCUUCUCUAAGCAGAUAGUUGCCAUCAUCCAUGCGGUGAUUCUGGGCUUCGUUACUGUCUCGUGCUUUUUCUUCAUCCCGGCAGCGAUAUUUUCUGUCCUUGAAGAUGACUGGAACUUCCUGGAAUCUUUUUACUUUUGCUUCAUUUCGCUGAGCACCAUUGGCCUUGGUGACUAUGUUCCAGGAGAAGGUUACAACCAAAAAUUCAGAGAGCUGUAUAAAAUAGGAAUUACAUGUGAGUAGCAAAUUAUUGGUACAAGUAAGAGGGUGAAUAGUUUUUAGAGCUGUGUUUCUUGGUGUUUCUUUUGUGACUUUUGCAAAGCAGCCCCAUUGAGUCCAGCCAUUCAUAUAGCAAAAGUAAAUGGAAAAAUCCAGAUUGGAUUUUUGAAAUGUCUAUCAAAAUCCUGUUAAGUAUGUUUUUUAUUAAGGUGUGGAAUCACAUGUUUCAGAGGUGCUCCCAAAUCCUAUUUGCUAUGGAACUGUUAUCCAAAACACCAUUCUGAAUGAUUUGGAGAAAGAAUAAGAUGCAAAUAUACUACAUUAUAAACAAAAAUCAAUGUUGUGGGCCACAUGUAAGGACAUAGUGGGCUACAAAGUGUCUGCCAUAUAGAUAUUUAAAGAUGCACCUCUCUAUGUGGAAUUAGUAAUAGCUUGUGACUCAAGCACAAGCCAUUCCUAUCUGGUAGAAUUCAUAUGACUCUGUAGAUAAAGAUUUUUUGGAAGCUUCAGCUGGUGCAGAAUGACUGUAUUCAACAUGGCGCUAAGUUGCUGGUUCCACCAGCAGAAGGAUUUUUCCUUGUGCAAUGAAACAUUCUCCUUCCCCACCUGCCCUACCCCUAAAUCUGAGAAGAUUUGGGAGUGGCAUGGGGUGCACAGAAGGAGGAAAGUCCUGUUGCAUUGGCAGUAAUCCUUGCACAUGCGCAACUAUUUAAAGGAAUGCCACACAUUGUUUUCAAAAGAGUUUUAAAGACCUAAAGAUUCCCGUUUGCUCAUAACUGAAUAACGUUUCUGGUUUAUAUUUUAUAAGCUGUGGUUUUAAUUGUGGGUGACGAAUUUUUUUAUACUGCUGUUUCAUUAGCUGUAUUUUAUACUUUUACAGUUUUAUUUGUAAAUUGCAUUGAGAGUUCUUAUACUCGAAAGCCUGUGUGGAAAUAUAGUUCUAACUGGAGAGAUAGAGCCCUUUCCAUUUUGGAGACCUCUCUGACUUGGAGCAUUGUAGCAGACAUACCUGUAUUACCAGUUCACAUUUUAAACACUGUUUCGAUUUCUUCCUAGGUUACCUGCUGCUGGGCCUCAUUGCAAUGCUGGUGGUUUUAGAGACUUUCUGUGAACUUCAUGAGCUCAAAAAAUUUAGGAAAAUGUUCUAUGUGAAGAAGGACAAGGAAGAGGACCGAGUACACAUAGUAGAACAUGACCAGCUCUCCUUCUCUUCAAUUUCAGACCAGGCGGCUUCUUUGAAGGAAGAUCAGAAAAUAAAUGAACCUUUUGUGACCCCACAGUCUGCAGUUAACUGUGACGGCUGCAUAAACAAUUAACCAAGGGCUUCCGUUUCAAUAUCAACCGUGCACUUACAUCCCUUCAGUUAGAACUAGUACCAUUAAUGAAACUAUAGAGGCAGAAGGCUAUGCUAUAUUAUCAAGUACUCAUUGCUGGGAAUAUUUUUAAAGUGUAUGAGGCAAAUAAAGCUCUCUUUACCUGGAACAACAUUAUGGGAAUGUUGGCUGGGGGGAAAUGUGCAUUUGGGAACCCCUGGAUUAAUGGUGCGUACAUGGAGCAUACAUUGGGGACUCUAGAUUUAAACAACAAUUCAGUUCUCAUUUCCCCAGACUGCUGCCCUAAGUCCCCUCCCGCCCCCCUGAAAAUCAUGUUGUGGUUCAUUGACAAAAUAGGAGCUUUCUGAUGCCAUUUGCAACUUCUGGUUUUGAAACAUGAAUGGGGGACCGAAGCAUUGAGUUGGAAGGGUUUGUUGUUGUAGCCCAGAAAACAGGAAUAGUAUCUUGCCAUGUCUCCUUCAGUGAGAUUCCCAAAUGACUGGGUUCAUGCACACUGGGCUAUCUCUGUACUCUCUCUCACACACACACCCCAAAGUGGAAAGAUCCAGAGCAAGUGCAUUGUAUCAGUUCUGCAGCUAUUUUAAAGCUCAGCUGCAUACCUUCGAAGCCUGGCUCAGUAAGGAUAAAGGCAGACAGAUAUUCUAAAGUGUGGUGGGAAGUGGUUUGAACUCAUUAUUUGUUGUAUGCCAGUCACACUUCGAAUGUAUCUGAUUUCACCCUCAAGUGUACUAUAGUCGUCAUUACUGAGCAAGAAUUCUGUAUCCUGCUUCCUGUCAGAAAUCAAACUGGGUGCUUUCCUCCUGGCCUUAAAAAAUAAAUAGCAAAAGGGGUGUUUUUGCAACUGAUUUCAGUGGAUAUAGGAUCAGGGACCCAUGAGCACCAGCAUAUACAGCACUUGUAGGCACAGCUUAGGGGAAAGCCAUCUUCCUUAGCACUCUCAGACACCCCUUUCGCUCUAAUUUUACCCCAUAGGCUGUGAGUCUCAAACCAUUUAUUGUCAAGUGGUUUCAGAGAAAUUGUCCUAUCUGAUCAAAGUAGUAGUCAAGCCGAGCGCUGAAGUAUCUAGACUUCUGUGAGAAAAGAAAAAUACUUGAAACUUGAUCACCUAAAAGCACUGUAUAUGAGUUUAGUUAAUACCUAGUGUUUAUUAAUAGAUUUUAUACCUUUACUAGGAAAGUUGACUCUCUUGAUAAAUCUGCUUUAAAAUCUAUGUGAGCUGAAGUUUAUAUUUGAGAAAACACAACUCAGAGAUGCUUUUUGAAUUUGAUUUGAAGCAUAGUGUAUUUGCAUGUUCUCAUCCAAGCGGAUAUUUUUGUACAGCCUAAGUUGGUUCUGUUUAUAAUGUUUUAACCUUCGUUUGUGUACAUAAAUGCAUAUAUUUAUAUACUGUACAUAUGUUGUAGAUCUCCAGAAUUUAACUGACUUGGCUGUGAAAUUUUAAAGGUAUCUUCAUCCACAGAUUUCUCUUUAUAGAGAAGUAAAACUCAGAACUGUGGCGCUGAAAACAAUGACUUAACUCUUGACCAAAUGAAUGUGGAAGGGUAAGUCUGUAGGGCUGCAAUUUUAAAAUUCUUAUUUUUUAAAUAGGCCCAGCCCACCCAUCUCGCUGAGGCUGCUGGUAAGUAGCUUGUCUGCUGUGGCCUUCAUAGUAUACUGUAUCAUGGAAGCCUGUUUUUAAGCAAAAUUCUAAUGAUAGUCGAUUCUGGGAAACAGGGACAAGUUGAAUUAAUUUCAAACUUUCUUUUUUCAAGAGUAUGCUCAUUUGCAAUUAUUAUUAGUACUAAAGCACAGAACUUAAUAAUGGACAAGCUGAAUACCAUACCGUGUUAUAUAUUAGCUAAUCAGCAUUUCAAAGUUGAAUAAAUAAAAGUGUGGCUCCAGUUG